AAGUAAGAAUUUGGUGGACCAAAACGUCCGAUCUUACAGCUUAGUGGAAGUCGUUUGGUUUAAUGUUGAAGCUUUGCAGGCUAACGUAACUUCGCUUUGUUUAGCUUAGCUCGCUAGCCAAGACACGUGAACGCAUUUCGAUUGCUUUGACUUUAUGCCACUUGUAAAUUUUGUUUUAAAGGGCGGGGGAUAUGGAUGGAAGAAACGAGACUUUCCGAAACAAUGAACCACUUUUGAGACAGUUGCCCUAAAUUAAAUCACUGUUUCGAGGUGUUUGACACACUGCAAGACCUCCAUCGACUGGAUAAACAGUGCAUGUUUCAUUUUUUAAACUAAAGUUGUCAAAUUGCCUCAUACAUAUCUUCAAUAGAAUUAAGUGGAUGUCUUCUAUUUCAACUGUGAGAUCGUGUUGUCAUUAAGUGUGAUUUACACAAAGUUGACGUUUCAAAGGCUGUGUCAUUGCUUUGUCUGUGAAGAUGUGAUCAAAGCAGUAUUUGUGAUAAACGACAGUGCUAGUCUGUAAGUGGCUCGUCCUAGGUGUCGGAGAGUAACUGUAUUAAGUUUUUUUUUAAUAUUACAAUACAGUAAGCACAGGAAUAUUAUUUAUUGCAUACUGUAAGGAUUUCCAAAAUCAUAAGAUGGAUAUAACUGAGCCGAAUAAAAGAAAGGAAAGGAUGCGACAAAAUAAUCCUGACCGAAGGCGAACGCAAUCAAAAACAUCAAGCUGAAAAGGAGAGACGUGGAAAUGAGAUGAGGUGAGAAAAUCCAGGCCACGAAGAGCAACUGUAAAAAGAAAAUGAGGGUCAUUUCCUGCUGAGUAUGAGUCACUGCCUAUAGACCCUACCCACGUGACGUCACAACUCCUUCCUCCUGACUGGUGCCGCCCACUUGUCCGUCAACACAUCAUGUUUCCCUGUUACGGCUACGUACAUUCCUCCUAUUUACGACGUGUUUUUCUGCUCGUUAACAUUAAUAAUCAAAAUGGUGAAGGCGUGUGUGGCGGUCGGUUGCAAUAACAGAGAAGAUAGACGGAGAAGACGGAGAGAAUUGAAGUUCUACCGGAUUCCGAGAGACCCGGAGAGAAGAGAGCGAGAUGGGCUGCUGAAAUUUGACGAGAAAACUGGGCUCCAAACGAUUACCACAGAUUAUGUAGUAGUCAUUUUAUAUCUGUAUCCCGCAGAAGUCACUAUUAAAGAGCUUCACCCUCAGAAGCGCGAUCCACUCCACGUUAAACAGGAGGAGUCGGAGAUUACGUACAUUAAACAGCAGGAGGAGCCAGAGACCCCCAGUAUUAAAGAAGAAGAACAGGAAGAUGAAAUCACUAAGUGUCCAAUGACUGUCAGUGUGAAGAGUGAAGAAGACGAAGGUCCAAGCAAAGAGAGUGGGGAAGCAAAACCUUCGAGCGACAGCUCAUUUCAACACCUGACACCAAAAGGAGAGGGCCGAUUGACCUCUGACGGUUUGUUAGCGCCGCUCUCAGAGAGUGACGACGUGACUUCACACUCUUCUGAUUUUAACACUGACGAGGAAGAUGAGGAAUUUGACCAAGAUGCUUCAGAAUUCUUAAACAAGUCCUCAUUGAAAAGCAGCACAAAAGUGGUUGGGAAACCUUUUACCUGCUCACUUUGUGAUAAAACAUAUUCUCUGAAACAUCACUUAAAAAGACACAUGCUUACACACACUGGGGAGAAGCCUUUCGCUUGCUCAUUUUGCGAUAAAAGAUUCAUUGUGAAAAAAGAUUUAAACGAUCACAUAAGAACACACACUGGAGAGAAGCCUUUCGCUUGCUCAUUCUGCGAUAAAAGAUUCGUCAGGAAAACACAUUUAAACGAUCACACUGCAGUACACACUGGAGAGAAGCCUUUUCCCUGCUCAGUUUGCCAUAAAAGAUUCUCUCGGCAAGAACUACUAAACCGUCACUUUAAAACACACACUGGAGAGAAGCCUUUUCAAUGCACAUCUUGUGGUAGAGCAUUCACUUUUAAGGGAUGUUUAAAGAGACACACACUCACACACACUGAAGAGAAGCCUUUUGUCUGCACAAGUUGUGGUAAAAGAUUCAUCGCGAAAGAAGUUUUUAUAAACCACACAAGAACACACAGUGGAGAGAAGCCUUUUGCCUGCUCUCGCUGCGAUAAAAGAUUUUGUAAGAAGCAUGAUUUAACAAUACACACGCGUACACACACUGGAGAGAAGCCUUUUGCCUGCUCUCGCUGCGAUAAAAGAUUUUGUACGAACCAUGAUUUAACAAGACACACACGUACACACACUGGAGAGAAGCCUUUUGCCUGCUCCCGCUGCGAUAAAAGAUUUUGUAUGAAGCAAGCGUUAACAAGACACACACAAACACACACUGGAGAGAAGCCUUUUUCCUGUUCUCGUUGCUAUAAAAGAUUUUGUUCGAAGCAAGCGUUAACAAAACACACGCGUACGCACACCGGGUGAAAAGGCUUUUCUCUGCACACUUUGUGGUAAAAGAUUUACAAGUAGCUGCUGAGGGAUGCUGAUCUUUUGUUAUUGCUGUAUCAGUUCGCAUCCGCACAUCAUCUGAAACAAUCACGUAAACUCGACCUUAGUAUUCGACCACAAUUGAAAACGCACAAUAAACAGUACAAAAGGGGUUACAGUGGGGCAAAUAUUUAGUCAACCACUAAUUGUGCCAGUUCUCCCACUUGAAAAUAUUUGCAAAUCAUGCUGGAAAAUAAGUAUUUGGUCAAUACCAAAAGUUAAUCUCAAUACUUUGUUAUGUACCCUUUGUUGGCAAUAACGGAGGCCAAACGUUUUCUGUAACUCCUAACAAGCUUUUCACACACUGUUGCUGGUAUUUUGGCCCAUUCCUCCAUGCAGCUCUCCUCUCAAGCAGUGAUGUUUUGGGGCUGUCGUUGGGCAACACGGACUUUCAGCUCCCUCUACAGAUUUUAUAUGGGGUUGCGAUCUGGAGACUGGCUAGGCCACACCAGGACCUUGAAAUAUUUCUUACGAAGCCACUCCUGUGUUGCCCUGGCUGUGUGUUUGGGAUCAUUGUCAUGCUGAAAGACCCAGACACGUCUCAUCUUCAAUGCUCUUGCUGAUGGAAGGAAAUUUUUACACAAAAUCUCUCGAUACAUGGCCCCAUUCAUUCUUUCCUUUACACAGAUCAGUCGUCCUGGUCCCUUUGCAGAAAAAUGGCCCCAAAGCAUGACGUUUCCACCCCCAUGCUUCACAGUGGGUAUGGUGUUCUUCAGAUGCAAUUGAGUAUUCUUUCUCCUCCAAACACGAGAACCUGUGUUUCUACCAAAAAGUUCUAUUUUGGUUUCAUCUGACCAUAAUUCUCCUAGUCCUCUUCUGUAUCAUCCAAAUGCUUUCUAGCAAACCGCAGACGGGACUGGACGUGUACUUUCUUCAGCAGGGGGACACGUCUGGCAGUGCAGGAUUUGAGUCCCUGGCGCCGCAUUGUGUUACUGGUAGUAGCCUUUGUUACUGUGGUCACAGCUCUGUGUAGGUCAUUCACUAGGUCUCCCCGUGUGGUUCUGGGAUUUUUGCUCCCCGUUCUUGUUAUCAUAUUGACGCCUCGGGGUGAGAUCUUGCAUGGAGCCCCAGAUCGAGGGAGAUUAUCAGUGGUCUUGUAUAUCUUCCAUUUUCUAAUAAUUGCUCCCACAGUUGAUUUCUUUGCACCAAGCGAAGAGUGAAGAGUUACAGAAAAUGUUUGGCCUACGUUAUUGCCAACAAAGGGUACAUAACAAAGUACUGAGCUGGAUGAAGAUAUUUUUAUUGUCAAUCUACUUCUAUUGUUGUCAAAAUUCUACAUCCACAAAUGUAAGUUCAGCAAGCUGUGACCAUCUUUUUCUCAUUUCCACAAUGAAACGGUAUGCUACAUAAAUCUGUUGAAAAAAAUCAAAGAAUAGGAAAGCGGAGAAAAUAAUUUAUAUUUGUGAACAGUUACGACUUUUUUGUGAAUAGUUGAUUAUCGUAUUAUUCAUCAAAUUUUUUUCCCUCUGAUAUGUAAUGUUUGGUAUGUUUAUACCCCCUGGCAUAUUUGUGUUUGUAUUCUUUUGUUUUUUGGUUUGUAUUAGUAUUGUCUAUAUUGUUGUGUUUGUAUUGUUGUUUAUUUUGUUGUUGUUGUCAAUAAAAUAAAUAAAACAAAGACAUUGAUAUAACUUUCUGUGAAAUUGACAUGGAAAAAAUUAUUGCAUUUAUUUUUGAAUGUAAAAACAAAACAGUUGGACUGCUUUUGAAAUUUUUUUUCAUGAUUCAACUGGCCCCAUAACUUGAAUUGAAAAGACAUUAUUUGUAACUGCACUGAUCCCACCGAUAAGUUUUUUUGGUUGGUUUUUUUGUUUUUUUUUUGCGUUAAUGAGUAGUAAUUAAUUUUUUUAAUUAAUCACGUUAAAAUAUUUGACGCAAUGGCGUACCGCAAGCAACAUGUCACUUCCGCUCAUUAAUAUUCAUGACAUUAGCUACUGUUGCUAAGUAGGGACAAGCCACCGUUUGUCCCUAAUAGGAAAUGAAUGGAAAUCGUGUACGAAGGAGAUGUUUACAGAGCUAAACCUACCAAUUCUCUCCGAAAAUGGUGUGCCUGGUGCCAAAUUGACUGGCAAAGAUGUGGAAGGACAUAAAAAUGUCCAAUUAAAGAGAUGGCUUGAAUGUCAAAGGCUGAAAAAGUAAAAAAAAAAAAAAAAAACAAUAAGCAUAGCUUUAGCUUUUUUAUCGACGCGACUGACAAUGACAUUCUCCUGUUUGAACAAGCUAUCCCAAACCGUCAGCCCUGUCUUUCUUAUAUAUCCUUUGGUUGUCCUACGUCUCUUACCGUUUUUGGGGGUAAUUUAGUUAGCUUUGUGUAGCGAUCGCAAAUGCUACUCAGUGAUGCCAACGAACACUUGUAAUUUUUUCAUUGAUAACGCAUCUUAAUUCUAUAAUUUAUUUUCACUUCCCCCUUACUAAAGUUGUUUUAUAUAUAUAACAGAAACGGUAACAGUGGCAGUCAGAUACCAUUGUAAUUCUUUUCAGAAACGGUAACAGUGGCGGUCAGAUACCAUUGUAAUUCUUUUCAAGUCAAUCAUGGUCAGACAGAAGCAGUACAGCACAACGUUAACGCUAAAAAAAUAAGUUAAAAAUAUAAAAAUGGCCUACCUCUUUGUCCUCUGAAAGACCAUGCCAACCCAACAUAAUGUUUAAUGCAUAUGAAAUGUGAAUGGAUUCACCGAGCUGGUGUUAAAGUCCGCGCAAGUUGAUUCAGUCUUUGCAUUUUUUCCUCCCGAGUUUU